AUGUACGGAAGAAUGGUGAAGACCGCAGGUAUCGCGUCGCUCUUCUUACUCGCUGUAGCGGGAAAGAGGAAUUAUUACGACGACGAUAAAGAUAUCGGUGGUGGUUUUGUUUCUUCCAUGCUCUCGAAAGAAGACCAAGGUUUAGUAGAUUCAUCGAAGGCAAUCUCGUCGUCGUCGUCGUUCAAGAUUCUCAGCCAGUUGGGUGUUCAGCCGAUUUCAAAGGUGAAAUCUGGCGGUUUAAUUGGAGGACAACAACAAGAACCGCAAAUGAUUUUAAAGUCCGAGUUCGCCUCCAUGGACGAUGACGAGCGAUAUUCGAAAGAAUACAUUCCGUACUCGAUGAUAACGCCGGAGCUUGGGAACUGGGGGCAAAGCACGAACACGGAGGAAUACAAACGAGACAUCAAAGCUUCGUUCGACCCGGAAUCGUUGGGUUUGCCGAGACAGUUUGACGCGAGGAAAGAAUGGGCCGAAUGUAAAGGGUUAAUAGGUACCGUCAGAGACCAAGGAAAGUGUGGAAGUUGCUGGGCAGUCGCAGCGACGGAAGUCAUGAACGAUCGAGUGUGUAUCGCGCACGGGAAAACAGAAGAGUUAUCGCCGCAGUACGCGUUGUCGUGCUACAGCGCGGGCGCCGGAUGCGAAGGCGGGAACGUCAUCGAUACUUUACAGGAAGCGAUCGAGAAAGGCGUGCCGACUGGUGGUAUGUUUGGUGAUUCAUCGAGCGCGUGUUUGCCGUACGAAUUCGAGGCGUGCGACCACCCGUGUCAAGUGCCCGGGACGAUAGCCGAAGAGUGCCCAACGACGUGCGCAGACGGGACGCCGAUUUCAGAAACGGAAAUGAUGAGGCCGACUUCGGAGCCGUACGAGUGUCCACCGGGAGAUUGGAAAUGCAUAACGCAGGAAUUGCACAAGUAUGGGUCCAUGGCGGUGACUUUUGGCCCUGUGUGUGAUGAUUUUUACGGGCACAAACACGGCGUGUACGAACAACCGGAAGGCGGGAAACCUUUAGGCUUACACGCGACGAAAAUCAUCGGUUGGGGAUUUGAAGGCGACGACGAAGAGACCGGGAAAGGUGGUAAACCGUAUUGGAUUAUGAUUAACUCCUGGCAAAACUGGGGCGAACACGGUGUCGGGAGAAUUGGAAUCGGCGAAAUGUCCAUCGAAAGUGAAGCAACCUCGAUCAAAAUGUAA